AUGGAAAGAGCCAGCCCUGCUUGCUGGAGCCAGCCCGGUGGGAUGGCGUAUAACAGGACUUGGCAUCACAGCCUGCUGAGGCAUGAGGGCGAUGACUACAACCGGACUGACUGCGAAGCCGGUCACUUGAGCAAAGUCCCUGUCACGCUGCUCGUCUGCCUCUGCGGGCUGGUGGGGAACGCGGCUGUCCUCUGGUUCCUCGGCUCCCGUGUCUGCAGGAACCCCAUCAUCAUCUACGCCCUAAGCCUGGCUGUCGCCAACUUCACCUUCCUCCUCGCCAUCGCCAUCACCCUUGUGAUAUUUUAUGGCCCAGAGAGCCUUUGUCACAGGCUGGGCUCACGGAAUGUGACAACUGUGUUGAACAUCACCAUCCUCUUCGCUUUCACUGCCAGCAUCUACCUCCUGACAGCCUUCAGUGCCACCACGUCUCUGUCUGUCCUCCCCUCAGCCCGCUGCCCCUGCCAGCGUUUGCCAGUGCUCGUGUGUGCCCUGCUCUGGGCCCUCUCCUUCCUGCUCACCGUGACCCUCUACCUCUGCCCUGCGGCACUCCUUGUCUUUGUCUUGACCUACCUCUUAUCGGUCCUUAUCCUGAUUUUUUCUGGUCUGACCCUGCUCGUCAGGGUCUUGUGCUGCUCACGGCGAUACCCCCCCAGGAAGCUCUGUGUUGUGGUCCUGCUAGCUGUCUGCUUCCUCCCCUUCUUCACUGCCGACUUUGGCUUCUGGCUUUUGCUAAGGCUGUUCGAUUUUUCUGUUUUUGUCUUCGACACCUCUCUCCCGUUCGCCUGCGUGAACAGCAGUGUCCACCCCGUUAUUUACUUCUUGGCUGGGAGCUGUACGAAGGAGUUCACACUCUCUGUUAGGGUUGCUUUCCAGAGGGCUUUUGAAGACGUAACAGAGCCCCAAAACAGAGGAGAAACUCCCGGAGACAACACAGUGGAAACAGCCGCUUAA